AUGGCCGUGCCUGCAUUCCAACGACUGCACCGCGGCUACUCUGAAGUCGAGGACGCGAGCGUAGGCAAAUUGGGCCCUGAAUUUCAGGAUGCCGGUUGUCUGCUAAUCUCCGAAGUGCAUUUGUUCUUUUCGCGUCCAGGCGAAGUGUCUGAUCGUGAGACGGGUCAGUCUGCGUGCGUAUAUCAUGCUCCUAACGAAAGUGUCACGCAAAAAACCAAGGAAUAUGCGGAAGAGUUUAGCCGCUUCAAGGAUCAGUCGACCAUCCGUGAAGUUCGCGCUCUCCUUAUCAAGCAUGCUGCGCAGCCAGAUAUGGAGGACCAUGAAGAAAAAGGAUUGCAACUGUCCCAGUUCGAGAUGGCGCAGCUGGCAAAUCUCUCGAUCACAGACGUAGAUGAGGCCCGCACAUUGAUUCCCACUCUCGCUAGCAAGGAUGAUACACAGCUCGAGUCUCUUCUACAUGAGUUGGCUGCUAUCCAGAAGUUCGCGUGA